AUGAUGAAUGCGGGGAAGAAAGGGGUAGCUAGUAGGGGACGAAAACUAGAAUUACCCAAAAAGACAAACAAUGGAAAAUCAUAUAAGAAUGACAGAAGUGAUGAUGAUUUUGUUGAGAGGAAAAAUAAGAUGGAUUCUGAAAAGAAUGAAAAGAAAAUGAAAAGGAAAAGGGUUGACAAGAGUGUUAAGGAUAAAAAGGUUAAGAUGGCGUAUGCAGACAGAGUGAUAUGUGAAGAUGUAAAUUUGCAAAGGCUUAGGCCCUUCAUCACAGAAAUUGAUUCAGAGCACCUAAGAGUUUUAGAAGAAUAUGAAGUAAGCAGGGGUGUAUUUGGAAAUCUAAGUUUAAGGGAAAAUGUGGAUGGUGUGUUUUAUGAUGAGAUGAUGAAUCAAGAUCAUUCAAAAGAUAGAUCAGUUGAGGAGAGUUGUGGGAUUAUUGAAAGUAUGGUAGGAAGGUUGGUUGAGCAGAAAAAGGUUGUAGAGGCAAGUAGUUUGAUGUGUAUGGAAACGCAUCCGAAUAAUGAUAAGAUGAAGGCAGCGAUUAAGAAGGUUGUUGACAUAUUUAAUGGGACAACACUAAAAGCUUUAAUUGCUGAUGGGCAUGAAGAUAGAAUGGAGGUUGAUGGUACGAGUGUGAAUGCAACAGAAGGAGAAAAAUCAGCUGAGGAUAUGGACCUAAUGAUUACCAAUUUGACCAACAAGAUGGGGAAGGAUUUACUUAGUGGACCAAAAGUUUAUUCUGAUUCGAAUGUGGAUGCUUCAGAUUAG